AGGGGCGGGCUCGGCGGUUGCCGGGGGAGCGGUAACCAAGGCCGCAGUGGAAGCCUGCAGCGGAGCUGGGGAGGUUUGGAAGAGCCGUUUAUUGAUAAAUUGCGAUCAUAAUUUUUCAAUGUUGGGUUUGCAUUGAUCAAGUUAACCGGUUAGCGAGCCGGGAAUCUGCUACCAGUGGCAGGCAUGGUGAAACUGCGGGCCAAAUGCCUCCUGGCCGGUGACUCCACUGUUGGGAAAAGUGCUUUGGUGCAAGUAUUCCGUAGUGAAAGUGCUCAUUUUCUGAAAAAUUAUACCUUGACAACUGGAGUGGAUAUCUUUGUAAAUCCAGUCCUCAUACCAGACACAUCGGACAGUGUGGAGCUUUUCCUAUUUGAUUCUUCGGGAAAAGAAAUCUUCUAUGACUCGGUGGAAAGUCAAUGGGAGCUCGCCGGCGCUAUCUGCCUUGUGUACGACAUCACCAACGCCACAUCCUUCAGCAGCUGCACAAAGUGGCUGGAAAGAGCCCAGGCCCAGGCUCCCAACGGCCAGUUGCCAGGAGUUCUUGUUGGCAACAAAAUGGAUCUAGCAAGCAGGCGCAUUGUGGAGUACAAACAGGCAGAGGACUGGGCAGCAAGCCAGGGCAUGGAAUACUUUGAAACCUCAGCUAAAGAGAUGGAGAAUUGCGACAGUCCGUUCCUGAGCCUGGCCAAAGCAUUUCACCGUAUGUACGAGGAGAAGCUGGAACACAUCCAGUGCGUUGUGUGAGACCAGCCCCUUGCGGACGUUUGACCGUCAUUUCCUCUUCCUGCCCAGUGGAGUGACUACAUUGUAAUCAGACGCCUCUUCAAGAACUCGCCCUAUCUGGCAUACCAGAUCCACCAGAGCCCAGAGCAGUAAAUCCUCGUUGUAACAGACCCCUUUAUAACGGAUGUUGGAUAUAGCGGACAUACCUGCUGAUGCCAAACCCAAUAUUAACCAUCAUCUACAGUUCUUUAUUUCAACUACAUACAAUGAUAACUUUGAAGAAGGGUCUCGACCCAAAACGUCACCCAUUUAUUCUAUCCAGAGGUGAUGCCAGUCCCGCUGAGUUACUUCACAUUUUUGUGACUAUCUUUUGUUUUAACCAGCAUCUGCAGUUCCUUCCUACACAUGACCAGUGGCGGACUGACCAGGGUGUCAGCUUGCCCGAUGGCAAGUGGGCCUCUGAUGAAGUGGGCCCCCUAUAUCAAGUGGGCCCCUGAUGAAGUGGGCCCCUUUUGUCUCCUGGCAACCAAUAUUUUUAGACCCAGUCCGCCACUGCACAUGAUAAUACCUCAGUUAUAACUGACAAUCAGCAAUAACGUACUCCUAUGGUCUGUUAUAACGGUGGUUUAACGUACUCUGCUUUGACCCUCGCUCACCUUCUAUUUCAUUGCCUUGCACCCUCCUAUCAAUGUAAACUCCAUUUCUCUGUAUUUAUCUUUCCCUUUCUACUCACAUCUCUCUCUCUCGCAAAUACCUGCAUGCUAUAAAUCAACCAGGUGAUAUCUGAACGUGCCACUGUGACAUGACCAGUUGCAAGCUCCUGUGUUAAAAGCGUCAGGGAGAGACCACUUAAAACUGCUUCAGUUCAAACGGUGAAGGGGGGAUUGGGAAUUUCUGUAACGCAGUUCGAUUUAAGCGCCCAUUUGUUCUCCCUGCAUUCCAUGGCUAAUGCAGACAGGCUGGUUAGCAGGCAGUGAAGUCUGUUUUCCAUUACUUUGAGGUUUGAGUGGAAGUAUUUUAUUAUGUGAACCCAUGUUACUGGUUUAAACCCCGUGGCCCAGUUUUGUGCAGAAAUGUAAAGGGCCUGUAAUAAUCAUAAUAAUAAUAAAUUUUAUUUAUGGGCGCCUUUCAAGA